AUGAAAGCAUAUUUGCCUCUUACAUUCGCGGCUACCUGCCUUGCGGGCUUGAUCGACCUAGACGCCUUGUAUAUUUCAGGGGACAUCUACGUGACUGAAGGAACCCUUGGUUAUCCUCUGAUUCCACCGAGCACGGAAGAAGUCCAACCAAGCUCAGUCGAGUCCAGUGAAGCAUCACGGACUACACAAAGCAUUACCUCAACAUCGGACGUUCAAAAUGCUGUGCCAUCAACGUCGCCCGUCCUCACCCCCGUCACUUCGCUCAAUACUAUGACAUCUCAUGCGCCGCCAUCACUGCCGACGUCACACGUCAGCUAUCCGAUCUCACACAAUGUCACAGUGUGCUACGAGGCAUUACCCACGACGACGUGGCCUAAUAGCACCACGAUUGGUUCAUCCGACUUCUCAUAUGAUAAUGUACCUUCUGGCACAGAUUACCCAAGCGGCCUAUACUCAACAAUCGAAAACACUACUACAUACCCUGAGUAUCUCAUCACGGACCAGCCUCACGUGUCUACAACCAAUACCUAUGUAAACCCCCCCUAUGGCACGGGCAUCCUUCCUGUCACGUCUCGUCCCUCCACAGUUACGUCUAGUGCAGGAACAGUACCUGUGCCCUGGCUUUUCAGUGUACUUGUGGGCGGCUUUGGUCUCUUGUCGAGAUUUUGUGAGACUGGAUGA